ACCAUAACUCGAUCGCCUCGCAUUUUCAUGCUCUUCGCUUCCAUUGCAGAGAGAGAGAGAGAGAGAGAGAGAGAGCACGAUCAGAUGCCUAUUUAAGCUCUAGAAUUUCGGUAUAUCCUUCCUUCAAUCUCUCGAUCGAUCGAUAACCUCGAUCUUUUCUUCUUCUUCUUCUUCUUCUUCUUCUUUUUCAUGGCGAAAUCGCAGAAGCGGAGGCGUUAAAAUGCGGAACUCUCUGAGAUCGCGUUAGACGAGAAAAUUCGGAAGGGCAUAUGCGCACCAGCAGAAAAUCUUGAAGAAAAAUUGAGACUGGUGUGUGUAUUCCCCACGGGACAAUGUAAGCUAUACGGCAAUCUUGAUUUCGUGACUGAACAUAUUGGUUUCAGAUGAACGGCAACCGGCAGGUGGAAGUUCAUUACAUAGAUACUGGAUUCCCGUACACAGUGACCGAAAGCUUCAUGGAUUUGUUUGAAGGUCUGACAUAUGCUCAGGCGGAUUUUGCUCUCGCAGGAGCUUUAUGCGAUCAGGAAAGUGCUUAUUGGUCAAUGCAUAUGAAUUCGUACAAGUAUGGACCAUCUAGUUCAGGCAGUACUUCAUAUUACAGUCACAGCCAUGCUUAUGAGGUAAACGAUUAUUUGCCAAGAAUGGAUGGAGGCCGAAGGCCUUGGGGCAACCUCUCAUUGGUGAAUAGUGAAGAGCCACCAGCCCUCAUUCUGCAUGAGAGCAGAGGUGCUGAUUCAACUAUACAUGCCAGCCGUGAGGAAUGCAUUCGAAGUCGCGAUAAUGCAAGUUCUCAGGCCAUUUGGCAAGACAAUAUUGAUCCAGACAACAUGACUUACGAGGAAUUACUGGAUUUAGGCGAAGCAGUUGGAACUCACAAUCGAGGUCUCUCCCAAGAACGUAUCUCUUCACUUCCAAUCUCAAAGUACAAGUGUAGCUUCUUUUCAAGAAAAAAGUCGCGAUGUGAACGGUGCGUGAUUUGUCAGAUGAACUAUAAAAGAGGGGAUAGGCAGAUGACACUGCCAUGCAAGCAUGCCUACCAUGCCAACUGUGUCACCAGAUGGCUUAGCAUCAACAAGGCAUGCCCCAUUUGCUACAUGGAGGUGUUUGGUGAGGAAGCUAGGCAUUAAAGAAUCUCUGGUGAGGAAAAACUCGUCUUUGGUAUGUUCCCACGCCUCCACGAAUUUGGCACGACGACUCUGUUAAUUUUCUUUUUUUCUUUGUUACUUCUCCACACAUCUUUUGAUAGAAGAACCUUCUUAUUUAAUAUAUAAUAACCGAAUGUAAUGAACCCAUUUGGAAUGAAUAUUUCCCUGUGUAUCUUGCUGUAGAUGCUGGGAUUUGUGCA